AUGGGCCACAUCGGCUCCACCGAGCUCGCGGCCUACGCCCUCGUCUUCACCGUCGUCGUCCGCUUCUCCAACGGUAUCCUGGUGAUUCCCCUCUCCGGCCAAAUCUUCCUUCUCCCCGCCUAUGAAACGACGGCGUUCCUCGUCACGUUGAGGAAUUCGAGAGAACUACGCCGGCAACGUCGUCGUCGUCGUCCUUCCGACCAUUUUCAUGGGUUAAAGGUGGGCCACUUCUCUUUUCCGCAGCUGGAAAUGUUUAGCGCGCUGGAAACGCUCUGCGGGCAGUUUUUCGGCGCGGGGCAGAAUCACAUGCUGGGCAUCUAUCUGCAGAGGUCAUGGCUGGUACUGAUGCCGUUUACGGCGGCGCUUCUCCCGCUCUUCCUCUUCACAACGCCCGUCCUGCGGCUGCUGGGCCAAGACGAGCCCGUGUCUCUCAUGGCGGGGAAGAUCUCGGUCUGGUGCAUACCGGCGAUCUUCUCCUACCCUUUUCCUGCACUGUCCAGAUGUACCUCCAGGCCCAGAGCAGAAACCAGGUCAUCACGUACUACACCGCGCUGUCCCUCACCGUACACGUCCUCCUCUCGUGGUUCCUGACGGCGAAGCUCGGCAUGGGGGUCGCCGGCGUGAUGGGCUCGACGAUCAUCGCCCUCUGGAUUCCCGUCGUCGGCCAGCUGGUGUUCGUGGUGUGCGGAGGGUGCCCUGAAACAUGGAACGGACUCUCAUGCGAAGCCUUCAAGGACCUGUGGGGCGUCGUCAAGCUCUCCUUCUCAUCCGGUAUCAUGCUGUGGUAACAGCUCUCAUCUCUUUCUUGCUCUCUCUCUCUCUCUCUCUCUCUCUCUCUCUCCAUAUUUCUUGCUUUCAAAGUGCAAUCUCAGCACAAGCCACCGAUAACGAGAUUAGUUUUCCACAGUUUGGAGCUCUGGUACAACACCAUCUUGGUCUUGUUAACGGGCCACAUGGAUGACGCCGAGAUCUCCAUCUACGCCCUCUCCAUCUGGUAUGCCCCUCAUCGUGAUAGAGGAAUAAAUUGACCGAAUUUAAUAUUUAUUUCUUAUUUAUUUCUCUUUUUAUCUCUAUAUUUAAUUCCCGUGAGAUCGAUGCCGUGUUCAUUCGUCAGAAGUACAUGCGCUGCUGUUCCCAAUCGGGACAAUUCAGAACCACGGAGAGCCGAAAUCUGUCUUCAAACGAUACACUUUCUUAAAUCUCGUGCUCAUUUUCUACCGUCUUUAUUUUUUACUCGAAUAAUUCUUAUUAUAAGCCUAUUUCGAGGACUAUUUUUCCCAUGUUCAUGAGUCCGAUCUUAUCGUAUAUAUGAUUUUUUAUAGAUUAUCAUGAUGCCGACUCAGAAAAUUCACCAUUUGAUGUCCUUUUCGUUCAUUUGAUCCACAACCUUGGUUUUUAAUGCAUUGAAUAAGAAAACUUUAAUGCAUAAAUCCGUACCCCUGUUACUGUUAUUGAAAAUCAUGACCGUCUUUCUUUACCAACCUCAUCUAUCCUGCAUAAAUCUUCCAAGUUCACCUAAAUAAAAUCACGAACUUUGUCGUGAUGAUAUAUCACCCGUCCAUAAUAAAUUAAUCCUAAAAGCAAGUUCAUAUAGUAAGCCAAAUUUCUUUAUGGCCCGGCAAAAGCACUUGUUAAGAUGUUCAAUAAAGGCUCUUCUUCCAGCAUCAACAUAAACGGCUGGGAGAUGAUGAUAGCCUUGGGGUUCCUCGCAGCAAUGGGGUAUCUUCUCCUCCACAACGAUGAAUCAGUAUUCCCUGAAUCCGCUUGAUUACCCGCCUCACCGAACCGUCUCCGUCCUCCCUCUCGCAGUGUACGAGUGGCCAACGAGUUAGGAGCUGGGAGCGCCGACAAGGCCAAGUUCUCCAUCCUCAUCUGCGUCGCGACCCCAUCCUCCAUUGGAUUCACCCUCUUCGUGAUAUUCCUCUUCCUCUGCGGCCGCAUCUCCUACAUUUUCUCAACCAGCUCCCUCGUCGCCGGGGCCGUCGCCAACCUGUCUGCUCUCCUGGCCUUCUCCAUUCUCCUGAACAGCGUCCAGCCGGUUCUCUCCGGUGAUCUCCGAGACCUUCUCACCAGCGUCUUAAAGACGAGCGUGUUCAGCUCACUGCUCGUCCUGUACCCGUUGCAGGAGUUGCCAUUGGUGCAGGAUGGCAGAGCACGGUCGCCUACGUCAACAUCGCCUGCUAUUAUCUCGUUGGGAUCCCUCUCGGAGUCGUUCUCGCUUACGUGAUUGGUUUAGGCGUCAAGGUUUGACCGUCUCCGCAUCCACUGACCUAGAUUUCUGACCUUUUACAGGCUGCUCUGACUUGUUGACCACAGGGUGUCUGGUUAGGAAUGAUACUCGGAAUAGCUGUUCAAACUCUCGUUCUCACGUACAUUACCUGUAGAACAGAGUGGGAUCACCAGGUAAUCUCAAAAAUUGGAAAAUAUUUAUUUUUCCCUGAGAUUUUCAAUGGGUCAGUGCAGCCUGCAAUGCAGCGCCAUUAAUUUUCUCAAAUUAAGGGCUUUUUUUUUUCUAGAAUUAUCUCUGGACCUCGGAUGAAUCCCGUCUCCCGUUUAUGUUGAUGCUUGUGCGUUCUUUAAUCCUGGCAGGUCUUUGCUGCUCGAUCGCGGUUAAAGAGGUGGUUAGUGUCGAAACCAGACAAUGAAGAUCCACCAAAUGAGGAGGCCUGA